AUGCGGUUUCUCAACCGCCUCGUGCCGGCUCUGCUGAGCCUCAAUGCGUUUCUGAUCCCGUUGAUCAGCUCAGCGCCCACCAGAAACCCCUUUGAUCGUGCAUCGCUGGACGAGCGAGGCUAUGAAGUUCUCUCUGGGCAGACAGCUCGGCCCUUACAGGAUACUGAUGCAGUCGCUGAUUCUUUUUCAUCUUUGGCCCCUCGAGCGCCAUGGGAGAUUGGAAAGAGAUACAAAGAAUAUCUCGACGCCCACCCUGCUGCCGAACUCCCGAUUCCCAGGGACACGCCUGAAGGCAAAAUGGCCCUCAGGAGCUUGUCCGGGCGCAAGAUCUACUGGGACCACAAGAAAGGGGAGCAGUGGACAGUGGUGAUGGACUGGGAUCGAAAACUGGGCCAGGGAGGUUUUGGAACUGUGUACAUGGCUCAGCUCUACAAAUCCAAGAGCACCAGUGGGGAAUCAGAGACUGUCGCCGUCAAGAAAUCCAAUGAAAAGUUCGGCCGCGUGAUGACCGGGGCCAAAUUGCAGAUGUCGAUCAACGACCGCAAUGUGCUCAAAGUGAUCGAUCGAUGGGUGAUCUUCGACAAAAAAAAACCCCAGUUCGCAUAUAUGGUCAUGCCUAGAGCGUCCGGGGGUGAUUUGACCGACAAAAUGCUCGACCCUUCCUGGGAUCAAUCGAAGAUCGACAAGGCCAUCAUGAAAGCCACAAGUGGGUUGAUGAACCUCCACGAGAAGGGGAUUUGGCAUCGCGAUAUCAAAGACGGCAAUAUCCUUCUCGACGGCAAUGAGCCCAAGAUCGCGGACUUUGACUUCGCCAUCCAAAUGGCCCAGGGCGCCAAAUCUAACGACUUCAGGGGAGGUACCGCUGGGUAUAGAGCCCCGGAGUUCCUCAAGUUAACCGAAUAUACCGAAAAGAUCGAUGUCUUUGCGAUGGGCAUGACGUGGCUGAGAAUGUCGGUUCCCGGUCUUCGCAACCGGCUGGCCCUUGAAGCAAUCUGGAGGUCCUUCAUAAACCCUAGAAAUGGGCAUGAGUGGCUUCUUCCAGAGGAUAUCAAGGGCAUUCUCGAGGAAAAGUUUCCGUGCUUGAGUCCAGAAAUGGUGGAAAUCUUGUCAGAAGAUGUGCCGCAAAGCCCUGGGAGAUCCAAUGCCGUUUUUAUCUCCGGGCCCCACGAUACAGGCUCCAACCAAGCUUAUUUCCACACCUACUAUACACUCCGGAUUGACCACGCCAUCUCCCGCAACUAUAACUUCGUGAUUGGCCCACUCCCCUACGGAGUAGACUCAGACGCCCUCGCAUAUCUCCUCAUUCGCUCAGUAUCUCCCCGAAAGAUCACUAUCUUUCUGACCCCGGCUGAACACGAGGCAUGGGGCAAUAAAUUUCAUGCUUUGGGGGUCAAUACCCACCAAGUCGAGGGGGAAUCUGCCAUUGACCGAGAUGCGGCUAUGACUCGGGCUAGUCUAUAUGAUAUCCUGCGCGUGCGCACCCACGGCGAAGCACAGGAACAGUACGGAAAGCUCUGGGAAAGGGGCUAUGUUACCAACACGGAGCGCAAUUGGAAGAGACGUAGGGAUAUUCCCGAAAAUAAGGCUGUUUGCCCGGAGGAGAUCAAUUUUACGAUGGGGUUUGCGUCGGACUAUGAUUACGACGACAGUGACAGCAGACAGGAGCAAGUGAAGACUGGCUGCUUUACGCGCCCAGUAGCCAAAAUAGUCUUGGUAAAGCAGUAUAUUGGGAGGCUGGUCGCCAUGGGGUAG